CUGCGUAACUGUCACUCUACAAUUUUCAACUAACCUAACCUAAAAGUUGUGUUACUGUGUUGUGUUAUGUGGUGUAAUCGAACGUGAAAUGGGUCCGCCGAAGCGCUCCGGCGGCAAAAACGAAGGCAAAUCCAAAAAGCGCAGGAAAGAAGAGGAAGAAUGGACGUACGAAGAGGACGACACCAACGAGGGCGAGGGGGCGGCUGUCCCGGGGGCCGCGGCCCGAGACGCCGAAAAGAACGACCAGAACAUACUAGAGGACGAGUUCGGGGCUAAAGACUACCGCUCGCAGAUGACCCUCAAGGCCGAUAACACGUCGAGACCGCUCUGGGUGGCCCCCAAUGGGCACAUUUUUCUGGAGUCGUUCUCGCCGGUGUACAAGCACGCUCACGAUUUUCUCAUCGCUAUUUCCGAGCCGGUGUGCCGGCCGGAACACAUUCAUGAGUAUAAGCUGACGGCGUAUUCGCUGUACGCCGCUGUGAGUGUGGGGCUGCAGACGAACGAUAUUAUCGAGUACUUGAAUAGGUUGAGUAAGUGCAGUAUCCCGGACGGGAUUGUGGAGUUUAUUAAGUUGUGUACGUUGUCGUACGGGAAGGUGAAGCUGGUUUUGAAGCACAAUAAGUAUUUCGUGGAGAGUCCGUUUCCGGAGAUUUUGCAGAAGUUGUUGAAGGAUCCGGUGAUACAGGAGUGUCGGUUGAGGAGGAAUGUGGAGAAUGAGGAUGGGAAUGAGUUCAUCACGCAGGUUCAAGAAAAGAAAAACAUCCCCACAUUCGGCAGCAAACCCGGCAGCGACCAACCCGACCCUGCCGCCGCCGCCGCCGCCUCCGUCCCCGACGACAUCACCAACUUCUACGACAAAAUGGACAACGAAGAGGAAGACGAGGAGGAAUCCUCGCUCCAGACCGUCUCCUUCGAAGUAAACCAAGAGAAAAUCGAAGUGAUCCAGAAACGCUGCAUCGAGCUCGAGCACCCCCUCCUCGCCGAGUACGACUUCCGCAACGACACCAUCAACCCCGACAUCAACGUCGACCUGCGUCCGGCCGCCGUGUUGCGUCCCUACCAGGAGAAGAGCCUGCGCAAGAUGUUCGGCAACGGCCGCGCCCGCUCGGGCGUCAUCGUACUACCUUGCGGCGCGGGGAAAUCCCUCGUGGGAGUUACCGCCUGCUGCACCGUCCGUAAGCGGGCGCUGGUCCUGUGCAACUCGGGGGUUUCGGUCGAGCAGUGGAAGCAACAGUUUAAGAUGUGGUCAACAGCCGACGAUAGUAUGAUUUGUAGAUUUACUUCGGAGGCCAAGGAUAAGCCCAUGGGGUGUAGUAUUUUGGUGACGACGUACUCGAUGAUCACGCAUACCCAGCGCAGGUCGUGGGAGGCCGAGCAGACCAUGAAGUGGCUCCAGGAGCAGGAAUGGGGGAUCAUGGUCCUGGACGAAGUGCACACUAUCCCGGCGAAGAUGUUCCGACGGGUGUUGACCAUCGUGCAGUCGCACUGCAAGCUGGGGUUGACGGCGACGUUGCUCCGAGAAGACGAUAAAAUCGCCGACUUGAAUUUCUUAAUCGGGCCGAAAUUGUAUGAAGCGAACUGGCUGGAACUGCAGAAAAGAGGGUUCAUUGCGCGGGUGCAGUGCGCAGAGGUAUGGUGCCCGAUGACGCCCGAGUUCUACCGAGAGUACCUCGGUUGCAAAACUUCAAAGCGGCUGCUACUCUACGUAAUGAACCCGAACAAGUUCAGAGCGACUCAGUACCUAAUUCGGUACCAUGAGAGACGCGGCGACAAGACCAUAGUUUUCUCCGAUAACGUCUUCGCCUUGAAGCACUACGCUAUCAAAAUGAACAAACCCUACAUUUACGGACCGACCUCCCAAGGCGAACGAAUCCAAAUCCUUCAAAACUUCAAGUUCAACCCUAAGGUGAACACGAUUUUUGUGAGUAAGGUGGCUGAUACGUCGUUCGAUUUGCCCGAAGCCAACGUUUUGAUACAAAUCUCGUCCCAUGGGGGGUCCAGGAGGCAGGAAGCUCAACGUCUGGGGAGGAUUCUUCGGGCGAAGAAAGGCGCCAUCGCGGAGGAGUAUAACGCGUUCUUUUACACGCUGGUGUCUCAGGAUACCAUGGAGAUGAACUACUCGCGGAAGAGGCAGAGGUUUCUGGUGAACCAAGGGUACAGUUAUAAGGUGGUUACGAAACUGGCGGGGAUGGACGAAGAGCCGGAUUUGAUGUACAAGACGAGGGAGGAGCAGGGGCAGUUGUUGCAGCAGGUGUUGGCGGCUAGUGAUAUUGACUGUGAAGACGAGAAGAUCCCAGGGGAAGGAGGUCCGAGGGCUGGAGGGUCCGGGAAUAGGAAGACGGGACAAAUGGGUUCGAUGUCGGGGGCGGACGAUGCGGUGUAUUACGAGUAUAAGAAGAAUGCGGGGGCGCAGCACAAGCACCCACUGUUUAAGAAGUUUAGAUAUUAAUUUAAUAAAGUGUUUGGAGUA